UUCAACUCUUCCCUUCGCCACCUCUUCCUUGCCCUGCGCCCGUUCCCAUGGCCCCUUUACACCGCUCAUUCUCACUCCCUGUCUCCCUCUCAAACCCCGUCUCUCGUCUAAAAGCCCUAAGCGGCGCAGCGGGCAAAGACGAGGUGAGCAACAAACCAGAACAAAUUCAGUCUCCUGAGGAACCUAGCUCGUCCUCUCGACGUCCGUCCUUGGCCUCACUCAGAAGGUUCUCUUCCAAUGCCUCUGAGGCCACUACGCUUGAGAGCAAUGUGUCCAAAGUACCACCUAGCAAAAAAAAUUCCCCAUCAUUGGGAUCUCUAACGCUAUGGGGUGGACGGCGCAAAAAGCUUGAUAGUGCUACGGUUGGAGAGGACCAAGGUCUUGCUCUCAAGAAUGUGGAUGCUAACGAGGACGAGAAAGAGAGAGGACGGAGGCAGAAGAAAUCGAGUUCCAAAUGCGUUCUAAUACCAGAAAAUGAAAAUGAGCUGACGCAGACUGUUCCUCCACCCCUUCCAUCCAAUACCUAUCCUCCUUCAAAAUCUAACCCACCGAUGGCCUUGUUAUCGUUGGACGACCAGGUUUCCCAUCUCAUCCUUGGAGCUAUUGACCGCGGCGGCAAGCCUGGCAGCUCUUCCAGCCCGGGUUCCAGCGAAAUGAAGAAAACCCCGAGCGCUCUCGCCGCUCUUGGUUUGCGAGCAGCAGCUAUUGGUAGCAGCAGUAGCGUCACACCCAACCCCCCUAAAUCGCCCGAAAAAAUCGUCGAACCAUCGCCAAAAGAAGCUACCGAAAUGAAAGCAUCUUUCCUCCAGACUUCCAAGCCCGUAGGCGGUGCCAGCAAGAGUUCAUCCAAGAACCGUGCACCCUCGCCCUUUUUUCGCGCGAGACGAGCUCGUGAUCAGGCUCGAGCCAGAGAUACGAGUCCUGAAGUUGGAGCUUUGAAGAAGGAUAAGGAUAACUAUGCAGAGAGCGACGGUGAGAGCGUGGGAGGUGCUAAAAAAUUCCGGCCUCAAGCUUUGGCAUAUGAGGACGAGUCAGCUUCCGAAGGGGAGACUGAGCCUGAGGGGGAGACUGAGGAGGAGGGUUCAGGUGUAGACCUUGACGAAGUGGAUAUCAUUGAUGAGGACGGCGAAGUCAUCUUUGAUGAGGAAACAGAGAAGAACACGGAAGCCAACGCGGUAUUCUUCGAAGGUGACGCGGCAGGGAUGGGAGGUAGAGGACCAACGGACGAUCCCGAUGCCGCAAGAAAUGAUACCGAUAAUUGUAGCCAGCUCGACUUUUACGGCGAAGAAGUGGAGCAAGACGUACUGGGCGAAGGUCCCAACGUCGUCGUCCCGCCUGCGUCUCUCUUUGCUGCCCCUUCCGGCCAAACUCGAGGAAAGAAGAAUAAGAAUGUCAAAACGGGUUUGCGUCUCGAAACUUCUCGGCCCACUUUUGCCCGUGACAGGUGUACAAUCGCCCUCACUCAAGGUGACCCCGAUGAGGCCUUGGAAGAGAGUGGCAAGAGGAUGAGAAGGUAUGUGGUGCUUAGUGAUUUGAGUGAAGAGAGUAGAUACGCUGUGGAAUGGGCUAUUGGGACUGUAGCGAGGGAUGGUGACGAGAUCUUUCUCAUCUCGGUCAAGGAAGAUGAGAAUAAACUCGACCCGAAAUCUUGGUCAGAGUCCGAUAGGGCUCAAAAGAUGAGGAUCCAGAAAGAGCGUCAGACGACCACCUUGCUUCUUGUGAAGCAAGUAACUGGAUUGCUAUCGAGGACACGUUUGCAGAUCACUGUGACAUGUCAGUUCUUGCACGCAAAAAAUGCUCGUCAUAUGCUUAUUGAUUUGAUUGACUUUUUGGAGCCUACUAUGGUAAUCGUUGGUUCUCGAGGGUUGGGUAAACUUCAAGGUAUCCUCUUGGGUUCCACUUCGCACUAUCUCGUCCAAAAGUCUUCCGUUCCCGUCAUGGUGGCUCGUCGACGUCUUCUCCGACCCCUUCGGAGGACCAAUCCCGCCAACCUCCGACACUCACCCCGUGUCAGUCUUGCUUCUGCUAGCAUCGAAAAGGCGGCAUCAAGCAAGCAAGAAGAUGAUGUGGUCGACCUGGCGCAAGAAGAGGAGACGACGGAUGAGGCUGCCAUCGCUGCCGACCGGCAGUAAAAUUAGAUGUGUGUUUCCGUUCUCCUUUUCCAACUUCUACAUCGGAGUCUUGUAAGAAUAUAAGUGUUAUGGAUGCGGAACAUAGAUAUUGCCUCGAUCUUUCUCUAGGCAAUGGUUGUAAAGAAACAAGAUACAUGAAACCCGGAGGCUCGGACAGUAUUGCACCAAAUGAUCAAUCGCUGGGUGUUGUUCAUUGAGCCUGAUGCAGCGGACUUUGUAA